CUCACCCAAACCUAAUUCGCAAGCUCGGAUUUGAUGUUGAGGCUGCGAUGACAUCGAUCGCCAACUCCAUUUACUUCCUUCCGUUCCAAUCCAUUUAUUUGCAGAACCACUUUCGUGAUGACAAGGGGUGGAAUUCGGCCAAUCUAUGUUGGUUUCGGUUUGAUUCUUCCCGACCGAAAUGGAACUGCAGGAGGUCGAGGUGGUUUUUUGCGAUAAGGGCCUCAGCCCUUGAUUCGGCGGGUAAUGACGGCCCAAGUGUGCCGGUCGAUGGAAAAGGACUGGAUUGGGAGAGGAGAAUCAAUUCAUUUAGGGAGAUGGUUAAUGCAUUGCCUCCUGCAACCCUUGUUUUCAAAGGAACUACCCCUUCAAAAUCUGUGUUAAUUUUAUCUAUCGCAAUUGCAAUUUUAGCAAUUGCUGCAAGGAGGAUCAUGCUUAAAAAAAAGGAUCAUAGUUAUCAAGGUUCUGUAGCUGAUCUUGUGAGAAGAGGCCAGCUAAGAUCGGAUAGGAGAGGCAUCUCAAAGCCAAUGAAGUAUGAUGAUCCUUUCAAUAAUCCAUUCGUGAAGAUUGAUAAAAGUAGUUCAACUGUUGAAAUGUUUGGGAAGCUUUAUCGCCUGGCUCCAGUAACCCUUACCACAGAGCAAAAAUCGGUACAUCAGAAGAGGAGAUCACGUGUGUAUCAGUGGAAGAGACCAACAGUAUUUCUAAAAGAAGGUGAUUCUAUACCACCUGAUAUUGACCCUGAUACAGUCAGGUGGAUUCCAGCCAAUCACCCAUUUGCGACAACCGUAAGCGAUAUUGAUGAGGACUUGGCUCAAAAUAAUGUAUAUCAAAAAGAUGGUGUUCCUUUUCGUGUUAAAGCUGAGCAUGAAGCCAUGCAGAAAAAGCUGCAGGCUUUACAAAAUCAGGAGCAAAGGUUUAAUGAAGUGGCCAUCAAUCUUAAUAACAUCCGUGAUUUCGAGCGACCAUCACAGUCAGUGAAGCCACACGAACAGCUGGAGCAGGAUUCUUCUAUUUAUCAGCAGAACAGCCUCAUCAAUGAAGGGGUUGAUUCCUCAGCUGAUAAUCAUCAGAGGAAUUGAGCAUAUAGUCAGUUAUAUGUUGUUUACCAGUUGUUAGAACCUUUAUGGCCAGAAGAUUGAAGAAUUACAGCGUUUUUACAGCAGAAGCCAAGGGUUUGAACUAAGCUUCUUGAUUUCGUAUUAAACAGAAAAGUUGUAAAUAUAAGUUCAAAAUUUUGUAUCCAGUUUGUCCAGUGAAUGCACAAAACCAAGUUUGUCUUGAAGAAGCAGCCAUUCGGCCUCAACUUUGUACAAAAUAUUUGCCAACUUAGCUGCUGUGGUGGUUUUAUUUUCUGGUAGAAUUUUCCACAUUAGAGGUUUCAAAUACAAUCGUGUACUGCAUCUAAAUGAAGUGAAAUAUCCAUCUCGAUGUGUAGUUUGUACUCUAUAUUAUGAUUGUUAACUUGGUGCUUUACACUGUGUUUUAACAA